CGCUCCUUCCCAGGCUCCGCCUUCCCGCCGAGCUUGGGGCCCGGCGCGCCCGGAACUCCGACGGCCGCCAGGCGGUGCGCUUUUACGCGCAGGGCGCACGGGAGGAGCGCGAGGAGGCGGCGCCCGAGGGACCAGCCCAGCCUUCCCCGGCCCAGCCCAGCCGCCGCCGCCGCCGGACCGGAUGGGGGAGCCGCUGCUGCUGCCGCCUCCGGGGCCCCCGAUCCUGCUCUUCUUGCUCAGCCUUGCCCCCGGCGUCGAGGCGGGGAAGCCCAGUUUUCAACAAGAUCUCCCCUCCGAAGAGCAAUAUCACUGUCGUGGGAUAUCCUGGCCAGUCCCUCAGCAGGAUGGGGGCAUCGCUUUUCUCGAACACCCGUGCUCUCCCCUGUUCCUCCGCAGGCAGCUGACCCUCCUGGCCCGAGCCUGCCUGCCCCACCAGGUGCGAGCCCCGCAUGACGGCCCCACUGGACAUUGGGUGAGUGUGCUGGGCAGAGGCUGCCAUGCCAGGGAGAAGAGUCCCUGCCAUUGGCCCUCCAGGAUUUGGGGAGUGGGAGGAGGGAAACAGAGACCCCCCCUGCCGCUGGCAAAGGCGGAAGUGGCCCAGGCCGUCGCUUGGCUCGAGAGCCACCUGGCCCAACAGAGCUCUGAGAAGCCCCUGACAGGUGGGGAACGCUGCCAUUUCCUGAAGCGAGCAUCUGCGGCGGGCAGAGGUUUGUGCCCGACGCACCUGGCACAGGCUUUGCAGAAGCUGCUCCAGUGCUGGGAAGCCCCCCGAGGUCCCCGGAAACCGUGGAGGCCGGGCAGGAACCGCCGGGCUCUUCGCCGCUGGGCACAUGGCCUUCUGCAAGCAGGUGUGGGGGGCGGAAGGCAUUCUGCAAUCGCCAACCCUGCGAAAGGCGCAAACGGCGGCCCGCCUCCCGUCACCCUGAGCUUGCAGGCUGAGCAAAGGGGUAUUCCAGAGUCAAUAGACCUCGGUGGGCAUGCCUGGCUGAGUGCGACGCCCCUGCCAGGCGGCCUUUUGGGGCAGCAGCCCCUCGUCACGCAGGACAUCCCCCCCUCGCUGCCCGUCCUGCGCACCGAGGCGAGAGCGGCCGGCGGCACGGGAUGCCGGUGUCCGGAUGGAGGACUCGGCAAAGCGCAAGGCCACGAAGGCAGAAAGGAAGCCAGAGGGUCCCAACCGGGGGUCCGUGUCCCCACCCCACGCACCGAAGAGGCGGCCUGGGCGGCCAGUGCCCUCACUUUCCUGCUGGUGGUGCUCACCCUCGCAGUCCUCUACACCCGGCUCCACCGGAAAUGCCGCCGCGGGAGAAGCCUCUACUGGACCACGAGUACCGAGGAGGGGAGCGACACAGUGGCUGCUGUGAUCAAGCGGCGUCUCCUCUCCGCCCAGAGCAGGCGCAAGAAGCGGAGUCGGCAGCCGCAGCCCCCGCCCAAGGCGCCUCUUCUGCCGACGUCCAGCGACAGCUCAGAUUAGGGACGACCCUCUUCGGUGGAGACGUCCAGCCACAAGUCUGGGCUUUGCCAACGGAGCAAAGUCGUCUGCGGGUGAAACUUGGGUGUUGCGGUGAAACAGCAGCCUGGCCGUGGUCUGUUUACUCUCCCGAGGAGAGCUGGCUCCUUGCCUUCGUUUGUUUUUCUUACGCAAUAAAAUCUUUUAUUUUUGCUACGAAA